UUGAUCUCAAAGCGAUACUACGUACAUUCUUUAAGUUCAGAAGUAUGCGAAUAGAAUCGCUUUUUGAUACAUUUUAUAAGCAUAUUUAUUUUAAAUGUUUACUAUAUAGUACUACUACUACCUAAUGACGGCAUUUAAUUACUAUGCUGUUCAGUUGCAAUAUGUUCUGCAAAUGUUGAAUGGAUACGUUAAUAGAGAUACCAUAAGAAGAGUUCUUAAUGAAAAAUUGAACAUUAAAGAAGACUUAAUGAAGAUCAUAUUUUCAGACCUUCACGCCGGUUUUAUCACCUGCAUUAUCAUUGGAGUAGCUUUCAUUGUUUUGCUUCCGUUGAGUGGGCUUUGCUGCAUCUGUGUCCAAUGUUGUUGUAAAAAGAAAGAGAAGAAACAUUCCUCACAAACCAGAAUGAAAAGGAUAUGUUUCAGUGUCACGUUGGUGAUCUUUUCUGUGUUUAUAAUGGUUGCUGUUCAUUUGGUGAUUGUCUCUAGCACUCUGUGUGAUUUCAUUAUAAACCGUGUGGACAAAGUGACCACCGAUAUCCUCACUGACAUGAAGUCGUUCAUCACUGACACAACAGGGCAAUUCCGAUACGUUUGUGUGGACAUGUAUAAACUUAUAGCCGACGUCAUAGUACACGAAAUUACGAGUCUACAUGAACAUGUUGAAAAAACGGCAAUACGUACGCUGAAUGCAAAUAGAAUCGUAAAUGCUUUUGGAAAUGCCGAGACUGGUACAUUUUCAAUUUUAAUUACUGGUCCAUACAGCAACUCACUCUCUCUGUGUGUGUGUGUGUGUGUGUGUGUGUGUGUGUCUCUCUCUCUCUCUCUCUCUCUCUCUCUCUCUCUCUCUCUCUCUCGACCUUGACCUUGAAGAUAAUUGGCAUACAAGUGGACCGAAGCUUUUCAGAAUGCUACUGUAAUAAGUUUUAAAAUGAUAUAAUAAUAUAUAGUCAAGGGGACUAUGAAAUCCCAUGGGAAAUAAAUGAUUAGAAGAUCACACCUAUUUAGAUACCUUCUAUACACGCUAAAGAGCAAGAAAAAUCAUGAUGGCAAACUUUGAGGGGUGGCCGAUAGCGGCCAUCUUGAAUUUCAAAAUGGCUGCCAUUUACACUAAUUUUUCAACAAUAAUUCCGGUUGUGAACAUCGUAUGAAGCUGUUUUUGGUGGAAAAACCGAGAUUUUUUAAUAGUAAUGAGCUUAAAGAAGACUUCAUUUAGUGGAUAUCAUGAGCCGGGGGGGGGGGACGCCCUUUUGGAAAAUCAUGGAAUCUUGAAAUGUCCUGUAAAUUGCCAGAUAUUGCCUAUUAUUCAUAUUCUUAACAUUACUUCCAGUAUUUUAAUCUUCAUAACUCUCAUCCUCAUCAUCUGUUAAGACAGUUUCUUCCCAACUUUCACACGGUUCAUCAUCAGAACAGUUACAUAAGUCUGUACAGUGAAGUCAAUUUUUUUCUGCAUUUGCAACGGUUGUUUGCACACCGUGUCUGUGCAUAUGAACACUUCACCAGAUGAGUCACUGCAUCAGGAGCAGGAGGCAAGGAAGUCAUCACUGGUUGGA